UCACUAUAAAAAGGGGAGGGAUUGUCUCUCCGCCCUCGUUUUUAGUUUCUCAUCAUCUCUCUCAUCUCUUUCUGUUGUGAACAAACCACACAUCUUCUUUCUCUUUUACCCACAGGGGAACAGUCGUCAAAACGUUCUCAAAUCAGCUCUACUCGUCUCACAACCAACACAGGGGAGGCAAGCGCACUACCCCCAAACCAAAAACAGCUUAAAAAGACAAUUAGUCAUCACUCUUUUACUCUUUUACAAAUGGCUCCCCAUCAAACUCAAUUUGAAGCUUCUGGCUCUGUCUCGGAGCUUUUCCGUGUUCAAUCAGACAAUGUGGUCUACACGGAUGACCAUAUUGAAUCUACCUAUGUCUACCGUGACUCCAAGGUUCACAAGGUGGACGGCAAAAUCACUGUCGUUCCCACUGAAAAAACGUAUCAAUUCCGUGUCGCUCGCGGCGUUCCUCGUGUCGGUCUCAUGAUGGUCGGCUGGGGUGGUAACAAUGGCUCCACCCUCACGGCUUCCAUCAUUGCGAACCGCCGCAACAUUCACUGGCGCACAAAGGAAGGCGUUCAGGCGCCCAACUAUUACGGCUCUGUCACCCAAGCGUCCACCCUCAAGUUGGGUACCGACGAAAAGGGCCAAGAUGUCUUUAUCCCUUUUAGCGACAUCCUUCCCAUGGUCCACCCCAAUGACUUGGUGUUGGGUGGUUGGGACAUUAGCUCUGCCAAUUUGGCGCAAGCCAUGGAGCGCGCAAAGGUCCUUGAAUACGACCUUCAGCGUCAAGUCCGUGACGAAAUGGAGGGACUCCAACCCUUGCCCUCCAUUUACUACCCCGACUAUAUUGCCGCCAACCAGAGCGACCGUGCGGACAAUGUCCUCAAGGGUACCAAGCAAGACCAUUUGGAGCAGAUCCGCAAGGACAUUCGCGACUUUAAGGCUCUGCACAGUCUUGACAAGGUCAUUGUCCUCUGGACCGCCAACACGGAGCGCUUCUCGAGCAUCAUCCCUGGCGUCAAUGACACGGCCGAGAACCUUUUGGCAUCCAUUAAAAACGGCCAUGAAGAAGUGGCUCCUUCGACAAUCUUUGCCGUCGCCAGUAUCCUGGAAAAGACUCCGUUUGUGAACGGCAGUCCCCAAAACACCUUUGUUCCUGGUGCCAUCCAGCUCGCGGAGCAAGAGCGUGUCUACAUUGGCGGUGACGAUUUCAAGAGUGGCCAGACAAAGGUCAAGUCGGUCAUGGUGGACUUUUUGGUCAAUGCGGGUAUCAAGCCCAUUGCCAUUACCAGUUACAACCAUCUUGGCAACAAUGACGGAAAGAACUUGUCGGCUCCUCAGCAGUUCCGUUCCAAGGAGAUUUCAAAGAGUAAUGUGGUUGACGACAUGGUGGCUGCCAACCAUAUCCUGUACAAGAAGGGCGAGCACCCUGACCACAUUGUGGUCAUCAAGUACUGUCCCUCUGUAGGUGACAGUAAGCGUGCUCUGGACGAGUACGUGAGCGAGAUUUUCAUGGGUGGUCGCAACACGAUUUCCCUCUACAAUGUCUGUGAGGACUCGCUUCUUGCGUCUCCCCUCAUUCUCGACUUGACCAUCAUCACCGAGUUGAUGACGCGUAUCGAGUACAAGACGGACGACAUGACCGAGUACGCUCCUUUCCAUGCCGUCUUGUCUGUCCUCAGCUACAUGCUCAAGGCUCCCAUGGUUCCCCCCGGCACUCCGGUCGUGAACGCGUUAGCCAAGCAGCGUGCUGCUAUGGAAAACAUUUUCCGUGCCUGCGUUGGCUUGCCUCCUCAGAAUGAUAUGAUGUUGGAGCACAAGGCCUUUUAAAUCGUUUGUGUUUGUCAGUUUUUGCAUGUAGUAUGUUGUCUUUUGUGUCGUUGCGAAUCAUGAUAUGUGAACGAAUAUAUUCCCCCCUUUUUGCAACGAACAUGUCCAAUGUGCAUUGUGUGCAAUGGGGAAUGACAAAAUCCGUCGGUUAUUUUUACAGUGCAAUUGGCC